GCGCAGCCCAGGGCGCACUUGACCGGGGUCGGGCUGCGGGGAAGGGCGGGUCCGGGGAGAACCCCCGAGCGCCGCGGCGUCCUCCAGCCCCUCCUCCUCGCGGCCGCCGGAGCCACAGCCCGAGCCGGAGCCGGCGCCGCCUCGCCCGCCGGCUCGCGUGCCCCCAGCCAUGGCUUUCGCCAAUUUCCGCCGCAUCCUGCGCCUGUCUACCUUCGAGAAGAGAAAGUCCCGCGAAUAUGAGCACGUCCGCCGGGACCUGGACCCCAACGAGGUGUGGGAGAUCGUGGGCGAGCUGGGCGACGGUGCCUUCGGCAAGGUUUACAAGGCCAAGAACAAGGAGACGGGUGCCUUGGCUGCUGCCAAAGUAAUUGAGACCAAGAGUGAGGAGGAGCUGGAAGACUACAUCGUGGAGAUCGAGAUCCUGGCCACCUGUGACCACCCCUACAUCGUGAAGCUCCUGGGAGCCUACUACUAUGAUGGGAAGCUGUGGAUCAUGAUUGAGUUCUGUCCCGGGGGAGCUGUGGACGCCAUCAUGCUGGAGUUGGACAGAGGCCUCACCGAGCCCCAGAUUCAGGUGGUUUGCCGCCAGAUGCUGGAAGCGCUCACCUUCCUGCACGGCAAGAAGAUCAUCCACCGGGAUCUGAAAGCCGGCAACGUGCUGAUGACGCUCGAGGGGGACAUCAGGCUGGCUGACUUUGGUGUGUCUGCCAAGAAUCUGAAAACCCUGCAGAAACGAGAUUCCUUCAUAGGAACGCCUUACUGGAUGGCCCCGGAGGUGGUGAUGUGUGAGACCAUGAAGGACACCCCGUACGACUACAAAGCCGACAUCUGGUCCCUGGGCAUCACUCUGAUUGAGAUGGCCCAGAUCGAGCCCCCGCACCACGAGCUCAACCCCAUGCGGGUCCUGCUCAAGAUCGCCAAGUCGGAGCCGCCCACGCUGCUCACGCCUUCUAAGUGGUCUGCGGAGUUCCGGGACUUCCUGAAGACGGCCCUGGAUAAGAACCCGGAGACCCGGCCCAGCGCUGCACAGCUCCUGGAGCACCCCUUCGUCAGCAGCAUCACCAGCAACAAGGCUCUGCGGGAGCUGGUGGCCGAGGCCAAGGCUGAAGUGAUGGAGGAGAUUGAAGACGGCCGGGAUGAGGGAGAAGAGGAGGACUCGGUGGAUGCCGCCGCUGUAAGGCCUCCUCUGGGGAACCACACUCGGGACUCCUCUGACGUGAGUCAGCUGAGCCUCGAUGCCGACAAGCUCCUCAAAGAGUCACCUUCUACCCCACCGCCACCCAGCCAGCCUGAGGACAGUGUGAAUGGGCCCAGCCAGCCCUCUGGGGACACACCCCUCCAAACCACCAGCCCCCCAGGUGUGGCCCCUGCAAAUGAGAAUGGCCUAGCAGUGCCCGUGCCCCUCCGGAAGUCCCGACCGGUGUCCAUGGAUGCCAGGAUUCAGGUAUCCGAGGAGAAGCAAGCCGCUGACCAGGGUGGGGACCUCAGUCCAGCAGCCAGCAGGGCCCAGAAAACAAGCCAGAGCCGUCCCAACAGCAGCGCCCUGGAGACCUUGGGCAGUGAGAAGCUGGCCAACGGCAGCCUGGAGCUCCCCGCCCAGGCGGCUCCAGGCCCUUCCAAGAGGGACUCAGACUGUGGCAGCCUCUCCACCUCCGAGAGCAUGGACUACGGCACCUCCCUCUCAGCUGACCUGUCCCUGAACAAAGAGACUGGCUCUCUGUCCAUCAAGAACUCAAGGCUGCACAAUAAGACCCUCAAGAGGACACGCAAGUUUGUGGUGGAUGGCGUGGAGGUGAGCAUUACCACCUCCAAGAUCAUCAGCGAAGAUGAGAAGAAGGACGAGGAGAUGAGAUUCCUCAGGCGCCAGGAACUCCGAGAGCUUCGGCUGCUCCAGAAAGAAGAGCAUCGGAACCAGACCCAGCUGAGCAGCAAGCAUGAGCUGCAGCUGGAGCAGAUGCACAAGCGUUUUGAACAAGAAGUCAAUGCCAAGAAGAAGCACUUUGACACAGAGCUGGAGAACCUGGAGCGUCAGCAAAAGCAGCAAGUGGAGAAGAUGGAGCAAGACCAUGCUGUGCGCCGCCGGGAGGAGGCCAAGCGGAUCCGCCUGGAGCAGGAGCGGGACUACACCAAGUUCCAGGAGCAGCUCAAGCUGAUGAAGAAGGAGGUGAAGAAUGAAGUGGAGAAGCUCCCCAGGCAGCAGCGGAAGGAGAGCAUGAAGCAGAAGAUGGAGGAGCAUGCGCAGAAAAAACAGCUUCUCGACCGGGACUUCCUGGCCAAGCAGAAGGAGGACCUGGAGCUGGCGAUGAAGAGGAUCACGGCCGACAACAGGCGGGAGAUCUGUGACAAGGAGCGUGAGUGCCUCGCUAGGAAGCAGGAGCUCCUUCGAGACCGGGAGGCAGCGCUCUGGGAGAUGGAGGAGCAUCACCUGCAGGAGAGGCACCAGCUGGUGAAGCAGCAGCUCAAAGACCAGUACUUCCUCCAGCGGCAUGAGCUGGUGCGCAAGCACGAGAAGGAACGCGAGCAGAUGCAGCGCUACAACCAGCGCAUGAUGGAGCAGCUGAAGGUGCGGCAGCAGCAGGAGAAGGCGCGGCUGCCCAAGAUCCAGAGGAGUGAGGGCAAGACGCGCAUGGCCAUGUACAAGAAGAGCCUCCACAUCAAUGGAGCGGGCAGUGCCGCUGAGCAGCGCGAGAAGAUCAAGCAGUUCUCCCAGCAGGAGGAGAAGAGGCAGAAGUCAGAGCGGCUGCAGCAGCAGCAAAAACAUGAGAACCAGACGCGGGACAUGGCGGCACAGUGCGAGAGCAACAUGAGCGAGCUGCAGCAGCUGCAGAAUGAAAAGUGUCACCUCCUGGUAGAGCAUGAGACCCAGAAGCUGAAGGCCCUGGAUGAAAGCCAUAACCAGAACCUGAAGGAAUGGCGGGACAAGCUUCGGCCACGCAAGAAGGCUCUGGAAGAAGAUCUGAACCAGAAGAAGCGAGAGCAGGAGAUGUUCUUCAAGAUGAACGAGGAGGCAGAGUGCCUGAACCCCACCACCCCAAACAAGGCCACGAAGUUCUUCCCCUACAGCUCUGCGGAUGCUUCUUAA